AUGACCAACUUGGGUGGACCGCCUGUUCCAGCUCCACCAGGAAGAAUGCCUAUGGGACCUGGUGGCCCUGAUGGGCCACCUUCACCUGCUGUGAAGACUCGCAUGUGUAACAAGUACAACACUGCAGAAGGAUGUAAAUGGGGGAGCAAAUGCCACUUUGCUCAUGGAGAGAGGGAGCUUGGAAAGCCCCUGCAGAUGGACAACUCGAUGGGAGCUCCUCCUCCAAUGGGGCUAGGGCCCAACGGUCACUUCAUGCCACCGCCAAUGCCUCACCUAGACAUGGUUCCUCCCUCCACAUUCGGUGCUUCGGCCACAGCCAAGAUCAGUGUCGAUGCAUCCCUUGCUGGCGCCAUCAUUGGGAAGGGUGGUACCAACACAAAGCAUAUAUCCCGAGUGACUGGGGCCAAGUUAGCCAUCCGGGAUAAUGAGGCUGAUCCCAACCAUAAAAACAUUGAGCUCGAGGGAACAUUUGACCAGAUCAAGCACGCUAGCGCAAUGGUCACAGAGUUGAUUGUCCGCAUCAGUGGUAAGGCGCCUGGCCCACAAGCCAAGAAUAACCCAGGAGGCAGGGGGCCUGGUUCUCAUGCUGGGGGUCCUGGAAGCAACUUCAAGACCAAGUUGUGUGAGAACUUCAACAAAGGCUCCUGCACCUUUGGAGACAGGUGCCACUUUGCCCAUGGCGAAAGUGAGUUGCGCAAACCUGCUGCUGCUUGA